GGGAUCCGCAUCGGCGAGCGGCGCCUCCCCGGUGUCGGCCGCGGCGCCUCCGGACUGUGCCGGGCUGGGGCGAGACUGCUCUGGCCGAGUCUGCGGCGGCUGCCACCCCUCCGGACGCUCCGAAGUCCGCCGCGCGGUUCGCGUUGCGGCUGCCCGUAUGGACGCGGCGCUGAAGCGGAGCCGCUCGGAGGAGCCCGCAGAGCUCCCGCCGUCGGCCCGGGACUUGGAGGAGGAGGAGGAAGAGGGGAUGGAACAGGGGCUGGAGGAGGAAGAAGAGGUGGACCCCCGGAUCCAGGGAGAACUGGAGAAGUUAAAUCAAUCCACGGAUGACAUCAACAGACGGGAGACUGAACUUGAGGAUGCUCGUCAGAAGUUCCGCUCUGUUCUGGUGGAAGCAACGGUGAGACUGGACGAACUGGUGAAGAAAAUUGGCAAAGCCGUGGAGGACUCGAAGCCCUAUUGGGAGGCACGCAGGGUGGCGAGGCAGGCUCAGCUGGAAGCUCAGAAAGCCACGCAGGACUUCCAGAGGGCCACGGAGGUGCUCCGUGCAGCCAAGGAAACCAUCUCCCUGGCUGAGCAGCGGCUGCUGGAGGAUGACAAACGGCAGUUCGACUCAGCCUGGCAGGAGAUGCUGAAUCACGCCACCCAGAGGGUCAUGGAGGCGGAGCAGACCAAGACGAGGAGCGAGCUGGUGCACAAGGAGACAGCGGCCGGGUACACCGCGGCCAUGGGCCGCAUGCGACAGCUGGAGAAGAAACUCAAGAGAGCCAUCAGCAAGUCCAAGCCUUAUUUUGAACUCAAGGCCAAGUACUACGUGCAGCUUGAGCAACUGAAGAAGACCGUGGAUGACCUGCAGGCCAAACUGGCCCUGGCGAAAGGCGAGUACAAGACGGCCCUGAAGAACCUGGAGAUGAUCUCGGACGAGAUCCACGAGCGGCGACGCUCCAGUGCCAUGGGGCCUCGGGGCUGCGGCGUGGGGGCUGAGGGCAGCGGCACGUCUGUGGAGGACCUGUCAGGGAGCAAGCCUGAGCCAGAUGCCGUUUCUGUGGCCUCCGAGGCCUUUGAAGACGACAGCUGCAGCAACUUCGUGUCUGAAGACGACUCGGAAACCCAGUCGGUGUCCAGCUUUAGUUCGGGGCCAACGAGCCCGUCCGAGAUGCCUGAGCAGUUCCCCGCAGCUGUGAGGCCUGGCAGCCUGGACCUGCCUAGCCCCGUGUCUCUGUCGGAGUUUGGGCUGAUGUUCCCGGUACUGGGCCCUCGCAGCGAAUGCAGUGGAGCCUCCUCCCCCGAAUGUGAGGUAGAACGAGGCAACCUUCUUGCCACAAGGAAGAGCAUGGCAUGCAGUGGUCAUCUGUUCUAACUUCCAGUUAAGGUCCUGGAUCCCAGUAAUUUAAGCCCCAAAUGACCAGAGUUGAGUUAGAAUUCUGCUGCCGCCACUAACACUGAGCAGUAAGGAGACACAGCAUGAGGAAAAUGAAGACAAGGUGAUUAUGUCGGAGGAGUGUUUCCCAACCUCUGCUGCACCGGAAUCUCCGGGGAAGCUUGCUUGAAGAAUGCGGCUGUUCUCUGGUCCUAGAGCCUGAGAUCAUUUGGGGUACACUUGAGGUACUAAACUUUUAAAAGCUCCCCCAGGUGAUUCUAAUGUGCAUCUGACUGACAUUCAGACUGUUGUGUUCUAUCUGUAGCACCGUAUCUGGAGCUCUGUUGUAACAGAAUUCAAUCUUAAACUGUUCAUACACAGGUCUCCAUUGGGUUUUUGAGGGCAGGAAUUAGGUCUUACUUGUUUGCAUCCUGUAUAGUAUCUUUAAUAUACAAGGUUCCAAUCAUGUGUUUAAAUUUUUCUUUAAAGGGCCACAGAAAAUCCACCUAAAAGGGAAAGCACUAAAUACCGAAGUGGGAUCGCUAUCCUGAAUAUGAAACAGAUUUGCUGAAGCCUAAUUGUCAUGUAAAUAAUGAGUUCUUUUAGAUGGAACAUACUAGAUGAAGCCCUUUAAUAAUCUUUCUAGGUUAAACUAUGCAGUUUCCAUAAGUAUAAAGAUUUUUAUUUCAAAUAAAAGUAGUAGAAAUACAAAAGUUGUGGUAAUUAUAAAGUAGAGACAAUGAAAAAUUCCACCUUAUUUUUGGACGUUUAAAAUCCUGAGCAUCAUUCUGCUCUCAUGGAUUUCUAUGUAAACUAGGAAUUUAUACAUGGCAGUUUCUCCAAAUACAACCCCAAUUACAUCUGAAAAUUUAAUAUAUGGUAUUUUUUUUUUUCAGUGUUACCAGAAGAGCAAUUUUUAAAAGACUAAACAAACGAAACUCUAAUGUCUUUCUUCAGUGUCUCAGAUUACUACCUUCAUUAAGCCUGAUAAAAAAUAAGAAUUGCAAUAGUGAAUAUAUCUCAGUUCUCUUUACAUGAGUUAAUGGGAGACAGGUACCUAAGUCCAACAACCUUCAUUGUUAACUAAGUUAAAAUAUUUCUUAAAGCUUUAUUCUUUUAUAACAUCUGGGCAACAAACAUUAAAAAUCAUAAAUAACACAAUUAAAAUCUGUUAUGGUGACAUGAUUCAUUUGGUAAUUAGCUGCCCAAGACAUACAGUAGAGUCACAACACAAGCAGGUUUAACUUACAACAUGCUCUGCCAAAAGACAAAUAUAAAUACUUCAGAAUAUUAUACCAGCCUACUGUUGCACCCAGUGAGUGGAUGAGUCAUGUCCCCUAUCUGGUCUCUAUUCUCUUUCUUGUAGCAAAGGCUUUGUACUGAGCAUCGCCUUUAAUCCUCCACAAUCUGUUUAUACAGUGUGGCCCCUCAAUGCACACCAACUCCUUAUACACACAAAACUGUGUAAAUAGUACUUCUGAGUGAUUUAGGGUAAUUCUGACUAUAUACACGUCUAAACACUCUGACUUGAGCACCAGAUCCCACUGUAACCUUUUUAGAGAUUUAAUUCUGUUUAGGGUCCUGAGGAUUUCCGUCCUCAUUCGAAGAGCUGAUGUCUGGUAAGUAGAGAAUCCAGUAAAUGCUUGAAAGCUGCAUCACUGAAGUUGUGUUGUCUUGAUGGGGAUAAUACUAUUGAAGUCCAAGAAAAAAGGUCCUUCUUGUUUAGGCAAAAAAGUACUAGGAAUGAUAUUGUAGAUCCCCGCAGGUAUAUUUUCUAAUUCCAGGUAGCAAAACCCACACCUACAUGCAGGAAAAAUGAGAACAAAGUUUACAAAAAAUGAUGCCACAAAAAGUAAAGUAUAAAUUAGAUGUAGUCAAAAUGCUAACAUUACCUAUAGUCACCGCUAGACUUCCUCUGAAAGCCAUGGGGACCGGGAUCUCCCACCGUGGACACUGUUACAACCUCAAAUCCAACACUAUAUUGCCUAACAAUAAAAAAAAAAAAUGAAAAAAACCAAUUACUGUUGUUAUUAAGUAGUCUCAAAAGUGCAGUCUGUAAAGUGCAGAUACUCUAUUAAAUCAAGUAUAUUGCUUUCUAAAGCUUUAGGAGGAAACCACGCUGAAACACAUGCAUAUACUAUUUUUACUCUUAAUUAUACAAGAUCUACCAUUUAUAUUUUUUAAUUGAAGCUAUGAAGAUGAUUUAGUACUAAACUUACUUAAACUAUUUUUACCACAGGCUCUCAGAGAAUACUGUUACAUUUAAAUGAUAAAAUACUGUCUUUGCAAAAUAAGUGGAAGGAGAAAGCCCUGAAAUAAAAUCUGAAUUUACAGAAGUAAUUAGCAUAUGGUAGACAUGACAUUCCAAAUUAGUAGGGAAAGGAUUAUUUAGAUGGUGAUGAGGUGACAAAUUUAGGAAAAAGAACUUACACUGUAUUCACACCAAAUAUAAAAAUACAUUCCAUAUAGAUAUAAAAAGUAAACCACAGAAGAACUAGAAAAAAAUAUGGGGGCGCCUGGGUGGCUCAGUUGGUUGAGCGACUGCCUUCGGCUCAGGUCAUGAUCCUGGAAUCCCUGGAUCGAGUCCCGCAUGGGGCUCCCUGCUCGGCAGGGAGUCUGCUUCUCCCUCUGACCCUCCUGACCCUCCCCCCUCUCAUGUGCUCUCUCUCUCUCAAAUAAAUCUUAAAAAAAAAAAAAAAUAUGGUACAAAUUUGAUAUUGGGGUGAGAAAUCUGAAAAGACAGAUUUGAUUACUUUAAAAUGAAAAUUUUUCUCUAUGUGGGGAAAAAAAAUUGAUGAUCUGGGAAAAAUACUUGCAAAUAUGUGAUACAGAUCCCUAUUCAUGCUUACAGUUAAGAAAACCAUGACAAUUCCAAGAGAAAAAUGGGCAAAAGACAUGAAUAGGCAAAGCAAAAGCUACACAUUGUCAAACACUUUUACAUCAAAUAUUUCCAUCUACGAAUUAAAUACAAAAACCAACUAGAUACCUUAUUUCAUCUAUCAAACUGUAGAAAACUAGCUUAACCGUAUCUAAAGGAUUAUUAGUUUUUGAAAUAGUUUGUAAAGGGGCAAAAUUAAGUCGUUUUAUUUAAAAGUACUAUUUUUAUUGUUUUUUAAACAUUUUUAAGUUGAGAAAAAGAACACCAUGUACACAGAACAUACAGCCUACAUAACCUGUAAAGUGAACACAUGCGUUGUCACUACCUAGAUCAACACAAAAGUCCCUGUACGUGCCUUUCUUGCUACAGUUCCCGUCCCCACAGAGCUCACAUUUUUUUCUUGCCUUUCUUUAAAAAGUGUAUUGACAUACAAUGUUAGUUUCAGAUGUACAACCAUGAUACGACAGUUCUCUACAUUAUGCUCACCAGUGAGUGCACCCACUGUACGUUGCAACAAUAUUAUUGACUAUAUUUUCUGUUGUACUUUUCAUCCUUCUGACUUAUUUCACAACUGGAAGUUUGUACCUCUUAAUCCCCUUCACCUAUUUCACCCACUUCCCAAACCCCUCCCCUACUUUCUUGCCUUUAGAUAGUCUGACAACCUAAGCAUGCAUCUUUAAAUAAUAGUUUCAUUUUGCCUGCUCCUCACUUCAUAUAAAUGGAAUCACACAGUUGAUGUUCUAUUAUGUAUGGCUUCUGCUCAGCAUUAAGACUUAUCCAUCAUGUUCUGGGUAGCUGUAAUUUACUUUCAUUGUUAGCAGGACUCUAUGACUGUUUUAUAAUCUUUAAUGCCACUGAUGAACACUUGGGUUGUUACAAAGGUUUGGCUCUUACAAUGGUUUAUUAGCCAUUUUGGAUUGUUCCUCUUAUGACAUGCCUGUCCAAGCUUUUAUUUUUUGAAUGGUGGACUUUUUUUUAAUAACCAAUGUAGCAUAUUUACAAAUCUUUCUAUGUGCUUUGUGUCUUAAACUUUUCUUUAUCCUGAAGUCAUUAAGAUAUUUCUUUUAUUAGUAACCCAGCUGCAAAAGUUUUUUAGAUUUGAUGUGAGACAGCAGUCUAAUUACCUUUUUGGCUCAUGAAUACUCAAUUAUUCCAGCACAUUUAUUCAACAGAUUAUCCUUUCCCCGCUCCUCUGCAAUGCCAUCUUUUUCAUUAAUCAAGUGCCUGUAUAUGCAUAGGUCUGUUUCAAAACCCUAUUCUGGGGGCGCCUGGGUGGCUGCUGUUAAGCGUCUGCCUUCAGCUCGGGUCAUGAUCCCAGGGUCCUGGGAUCGAGCCCCGCAUUGGGCUCCCUGCUCCGUGGGAAGCCUGCUUCUCCCUCUCCCACUCUCCGUGUUCCCUCUCCCGCUGUGUCUCUCUCUGUCAAAUAAAUAAAUCUUAAAAAAACAAAACAAAACACCCUAUUCUGUUCCAUUAAUCUCAUUUUUAAAAUGGUAUUAAUUUAAGAAAGUUACUUAAUCACAAACCUUGGUCCUCUUAGCUCAAUCAGUAAUGGCCCGGUCUUUUCUAUAUGGAAUUGGUAGAUGGGGUUAUUUUUGUGAGUUUCUUGGAAAUUUCCACAUCCUCCAGCACUCUGGCCACUCCACUUUCCAUUAAUCUUUAAUAAAACAAAGUUUUUGUAUUAACAAAACUUCCCAUUCUCCAAUUCUACUUUAAAGACUUUAAAAAGGGAAUGGUGUCACCAAGGUGGCAACAGGUUCCUCCUGCUUUGCUCCCGUUCACAAGGACAACUAUAAUAGCUAUUCCAGAAGAGGAUAGCACUGAGAAAAUCCUAAACAUGGGGGUGAGGCAGAAGCACCCUCCUGCACCACAGAGACCAAGACAGAUUGCAUUAGAAGGACAAGAAAAGCAGCUACGUGUUGACCGCACUGUCUCCAGGCCAGCAAAGCACCAUGUAGAGAUGUCUCCCCUGAGGUUCUGAUUCUUCCAGUGGACAACAAGCUUCCCCCAGGCAUUGUGGCUUGCUUUGCAGAAGCUCCUACCUGAUCUCGCACCAUGAGGAUUACAGGGGAAUCUGUGACAGAGAAGAGGGUGGAGCUUGCAACAACCAGCACAUGGACCUCGGCAGGCUGAAUUCAUACCUGCAGUGCCCAAGCAGUAAUCCCAGGAACUUGGCAGGAUGCAGAUCUGCCUGAUUUGGAUACUCAAAUGAGUUUUGCCAGCCCUACAGCCUGGACUGCCCACACCCAGGCAAGGAGCUGAGUCACAGCCCCAACUGCUGUACAGAGUGCCUUCCAGCCCCAUCUGACCAGAAGGGCUGGUGACAACUACUAGAUACUGUGCAUUCCAGUGGCACUUUAGCCAAGAGGCAAGGAGAACCAAUAGUUUAUAGAGCAAAGCCAGUGGCCCAGUUUGGUUACAGAACUUGGAGUGUAGGUGGGCUUGUGUCAAGACAACAAAGAUGCGUCUCCUGCUGAGCCCAGGCAGGGAAUCUGAUUUGUAGGCCUGCUCAUCACUGAAUACCAGCCUUCAGCCUCUCUGACCAGGGAACCGAACCAGAGCACAUGGGAAGCUGCAUAACCUAACAGGCCUUUUAUAGUGGCACUUGAACAAAAAGCACAGCUUGUGGGUUUGCCCUGUCUGCAGAGCAAAACUGGUGGCCUCACCUGACUAGAGAAUUCAGUGCAGGUCCCCACACAAUGAGUCUCUUUUUGGGCAAGUCUCUUUUUGGAUGUCUGCCCAAGGACACCCAGCAGACACACCCAGAAACCCGAACUAAGCUAACUGGUGGAAAACUGGCCCUGCCACAGCAAAGCUGGAAAGUGAGCCUAAUCACUCAGAUGUGCAGAUUUACAAACCUAAAAACGAAGGAUCACAAAAAAUCAGGUAAACAGGACAUCAUCAAACAAACAAAAUAACCAAAAAACGAAUUAACACUCCAAUAACCCUACAAAAAUGGAGAUCUAUGAACUGUCAGGCAAAGAAUGCAGAACAAUCCUUAAGGAAGCUUAAUGAACUAUAUGAAAACACAGACAUCCCCAGGGAUGCAAGGAUGGUUCAACAUAUGCUAAUCAGCCCAAUGUGAUAUGUCACAAGAGACAGAAUGAAAGAAUCUUACAAUCAUCUUAACACAAAAAGCAUCUGACAAAAUUCAACAUCCAUUCAUGAUAGAAACUCCUCCCUAAGAAAUGAGGAAUAGAAGGAACAUAUCUCAACAUAAUAAAGGCCACAUAUGACAAGCUUAUAGUUAACCUCACACACAAUGAUGAAAGGUUGAAAGCGUCUUCUCUAAGAUCAGGAACAAGACAAGGAUGUCCACUCUCAGCACUCUUAUUCAACAUAUUCUGGAAGUCCUAGCUAGUGCAAUCAGACAAGAAAAAAUGUAUUGAACUGGAAAGGAAGAAAUAAAACUGUCUCCAUCUGCAGAUGACAUGAUUUUAUAUAUAGAAAAACCCUAAAGACUCAACCAAAAAACUAUUAGAUCUGAUUAAAAAAUUCAGUAAAGCUGCAGGAUACAAAAUUAACAUACAGAUAUCAGUAGCAUUUCUCUGUUAACAAUGAAUUUUCUGAAAAAGAAAUCAAUCCCAUUUAUAAUAACAUCAAAAACAGAUACUUAGGAAUAAAUUUAAGGGGGUAAAAGAGCUGUCAUCUGAAAACUAUUACACACUAACCAAAGAAAUUGAAAAUAACACAAUAAAUGGAAAGAUAUCCUAUGUUCAUGGGCUGAGUUAAUAUUGUUAAAAUGUCAAUACACCAAAAGCCAUCUAUAAAUUCAAUCCCUAUCAGGACUCCAAUGACCUUUUUUUUUUUUUUUUAACACAAGAAGAAAAA